GAGUAACUGCGAUUUCACAUUCAUUCCAUUUCAGUUCGGAGCACUUGUUGCGUGCAAAAACAUUCCGGCUGGUAAAUUACAUCACCUCCAAACCAAACAAACGGCGGAGAAUAUGUCACCGCUCAGAUGCAGAUGGGUAUUUCUGCUGCUCAUCCUGCGACUGGGUUGCGCACCCACCUUCGGCUGGAUGGCCCACUUUCGUCCGUCCGAGCUGAAGCUGCACAUGGAGCUCGAAGAUCGGGUGCAGCUCACCCUGGAGAAUGUGGCACCCUCCACGCUUCAGCAGCCGGAGCGCUUUAAGUUCCGCGUGGAAAGUGCGCACACAGAUCUGGCCAGUAUUCCCGCAGAGAAUGCCACCAUUCCCCUUAGUGCCUUCAGCCCGGAGACACGCGAUUGGACGGGCACGAUCGUGGUCAAUGCCCAUUUCCUGGGCCAGACAAAGAUCCAAGUGCGACUCUAUGACAACCAGGGCAACACCAGUGAACUGCCCACCAAUUGGAGCAACGACAGCACGCUGGAUGUGAAGAUCUUGCGUCCAAGACGUGUGGUGGAUCUCGUCUUCGUGCACACCGUCAUUGUGCUGAUGACGCUGCUGUACAUCAACUUCGGAGCCGCCCUGGAUCUGGAGGUGCUGAGGGGUCUGAUCACCCGGCCGCUCGGUCCGUGCAUCGGAUUCGUGAUGCAGGUGGUGGGCAUGCCGCUGCUGAGCUACGCACUGGGCAUCUUUGUCUUCCCCAAUGCACCGGCCAUGCAGCUGGGGCUCUUCUUCACCGGAAUCUCGCCCAGCGGCGGUGCAUCGAACACCUGGUCCGCCGUGCUGGGCGGAAAUAUACACCUGUCGGUGCUAAUGACCACCAUCAGCAAUGUGGCCGCCUUUGCCACCAUGCCAAUGUGGCUUUUCACACUCGGCCAGCUGGUCUUCGAGCGGGUGGGCACGGAGGUGCCCUACCAAAAGAUAGCCACCUACUGCGGUGGGCUGAUCUUUCCACUGCUGGUCGGGCUGCUCGUCCAGAGGCGACUGCCCCGAGUCGCCAGGGUGUUGGUCCGCCUGCUCAAGCCGAUCUCCACCUGCCUCAUCCUGUUCAUCGUCGUCUUCGCCAUCAUCACCAACUAUUACCUGUUCUAUUUGUUUUCCUGGCAGAUUGUCGUAGCUGGCUUGGCUCUGCCUGGGCUGGGCUACAUCUUCGCCUGGCUGGCGGCCAAGUUGCUCCACCAGAACGCUGCCGACGCCUUGACCAUAGCCAUUGAGACCGGCAUCCAGAACACGGGUAUCGCCAUUUUUCUUCUCACAACCACGCUGGAAUCUCCGGAGUCGGAUCUCACCACGGUCGUGCCGGUUGCGGUGGCCGUGAUGACGCCCUUCCCGCUGCUCGGGAUCUAUCUCUACAAACGAAUCUGUGCACCCAAAACGAAUGAAGCCUCCGCUUCCGAAUCGGAGCGGAUUGUUUAAGCUUUGAGAUGCUAAACCUUACAAAUAGUAUCUUGAAGGCUAUUGCAUUACUUUCAUUGUUAUAGUAUUUUUGUACAUAUUGGUUGUUUGAUAACUUAUACAUCACUUAGUAUGUAGACAAGUCCAGAUUGCGAUGCAGUGAAGCAACAAAAAA